UGUACCUUGUACCCAGACUCCGCUGGUGUCCCGAGUACUGCCACGAGGGUCGAUGGGAUCAACAGAAGACUUGCUUCCUCUGUACGUGCAGAGCCUGUGGGUUUGUGGCUGGCUCUCUGUCCAGGAAAUGAUGAAUCAUUCUGAGGAGAGGAAAGUUCCAAGGCUCAAACCAUGAAUUACGUUGGGCAGUUGGCAGGCCAGGUGUUUGUUACCGUGAAAGAACUCUACAAGGGGCUGAAUCCUGCCACACUGUCUGGAUGCAUCGAUGUCAUUGUUGUUCGCCAACCCAAUGGGAACCUUCAGUGCUCCCCUUUCCAUGUCCGCUUUGGGAAGAUGGGGGUGCUGCGCUCCCGAGAGAAAGUGGUUGACAUAGAAAUCAAUGGGGAAUCUGUGGAUUUGCACAUGAAAUUGGGAGAUAAUGGAGAAGCAUUUUUUGUUCAAGAAACGGAUAAUGAUCAGGAAGUGAUCCCUAUGCACCUGGCCACCUCUCCUAUCCUGUCAGAAGGAGCCUCAAGGAUGGAAAGCCAGCUGAAACGGAACUCUGUAGAUCGAAUAAGGUGCCUGGACUCCACCAUGUCACCCCAAGUUUCACCUCCAAGUGAGACGCCUUCAAGUGGCUCUUUAGUAAAGAAGAGAAGAAAACGGAGAAGAAAAUCCCAACUGGAUAGCCUAAAAAGAGAUGACACCAUGAACACGUCCGAAGAUGAAGACAUGUUUCCCAUAGAGAUGAGCUCUGAUGAGGAUAAAGAACCACUGGACAGCAGUAGAACUCUUCCUGAUGAUUUAUCUUCAUUCCAAGAUGAUAUUCCUAAGGAAAACCUCUCCACAGACACGACUUAUCCUCAGUCAGCAUCAUACCCUAAUUCAGAUAGAGAGUGGUCCCCCAACCCAAGUAGCCCGGUAGAUUGCAAAAGGACCCCCCCUCAUCGUGCUGUUGCGCUCGAGGGUGGCCUUUCUAGUUCAUGCCCUCCACAGUCUUCCCACUUCCAUGCUUCGGAAAGUCCUUCAGGUUCCCGACCUUCAACACCUAAAAGUGAUUCAGAAUUGGUCAGUAAGUCUGUGGAUAGGACAAUGCAAAAGAAUAACCCAGAAAUGCUCUGGCUUUGGGGAGAAUUGCCACAAGCUGCAAAGUCAUCUCUACACAAGGUGAAAGAGUCCAGCCCAUUGAUCAGUAGAAAAAUCUCUGAUAAAGUGCACUUCCGGGCCAUUCAGAGUGAAUCUUCAGAUACUUUUAGCGACCCGUCCCCCACGUUGGCUGGGGAUACCCCUGAGCAGCCACUUUUAGACCAGAAUAAGCCUCCGACUGAAAUGCAGUUUGUGAACGAAGAUGUUGAGGCCUUGGGAGCAGCAGCCCCGCCUUUACCUACGAGCGAAGAACACAAGCCCCCCUCUGCCAGUUUAGCCCAGACAGCAAGCAAGACAGACUCUCCCUCUAGGAAAAAAGAUAAACGAAGCAGACAUCUUGGUGCCGACGGCGUCUACUUGGAUGACCUCACAGAUAUGGAUCCGGAAGUGGCUGCCUUGUAUUUUCCCAAAAAUGGAGAUCCUUCUGGGCUCGCCAAACACGCCAGUGACGUUGGAGCCCGGUCAGCCAACCAGUCACCUCAGUCCGUGGGCAGUUCUGGCAUUGACAGUGGUGUGGAGAGCACCUCGGACGGCAUGAGGGACCUGCCAUCCAUUGCCAUCUCCCUCUGCGGGGGCCUCAGUGACAACAGGGAGAUCACUAAAGAUGCAUUUUUGGAACAAGCCGUGUCAUAUCAACAGUUUGUGGAUAACCCUGCUAUCAUCGAUGACCCCAAUCUUGUGGUAAAGAUUGGCAAUAAAUAUUAUAAUUGGAUGACAGCAGCACCUCUACUCCUGGCAAUGCAGGCCUUCCAGAAACCUUUGCCAAAGGCCACUGUGGAGUCUAUCAUGAGGGAUAAGAUGCCCAAAAAGGGAGGAAGAUGGUGGUUUUCAUGGAGGGGAAGAAAUACCACAAUCAAAGAGGAAAGUAAGCCAGAGCAGUGCUUGGCUACAAAGGGCCACAGUACUGGAGAGCAGCCGUCACAGCUUAGCAUGGCCACCAGAAUAAAGCAUGAAUCAUCCUCCAGUGAUGAAGAGCAUGCAGCUGCCAAGCCAUCAAAUGCGAGCCACCUCCCUCUUUUGUCUAAUGUCAGCUACAAAAAGACUCUCCGGCUCACUUCAGAGCAGCUGAAAAGCCUGAAGUUGAAGAAUGGCCCAAACGAUGUGGUUUUCAGUGUCACCACGCAGUAUCAAGGCACCUGUCGCUGUGAAGGCACCAUCUAUUUGUGGAACUGGGAUGAUAAAGUUAUCAUUUCUGAUAUUGACGGAACAAUCACUCGGUCGGAUACCCUUGGCCACAUCUUGCCCACCCUUGGGAAGGAUUGGACCCACCAGGGGAUUGCUAAGCUGUACCAUAAAGUGAGCCAAAAUGGAUACAAGUUUCUCUACUGCUCCGCACGUGCUAUUGGGAUGGCAGAUAUGACCAGAGGAUAUUUGCACUGGGUUAAUGAGAGGGGCACGGUGUUACCUCAGGGACCGCUGCUGCUGAGCCCAAGCAGUCUCUUCUCUGCCUUGCACAGAGAAGUGAUUGAAAAGAAGCCAGAAAAGUUUAAAGUCCAAUGUUUGACAGACAUCAAAAACCUGUUUUUUCCAAAUACAGAACCCUUUUAUGCUGCUUUUGGAAACCGACCAGCUGAUGUAUAUUCAUACAAGCAAGUGGGAGUGUCUUUGAAUAGAAUAUUCACCGUCAAUCCCAAAGGAGAACUAGUACAGGAACAUGCAAAGACCAACAUCUCAUCGUACGUGAGACUCUGUGAAGUGGUUGACCAUGUUUUCCCAUUACUGAAAAGAAGCCAUUCUUCAGACUUUCCCUGUUCAGAUACGUUCAGUAAUUUCACCUUUUGGAGAGAGCCACUGCCACCUUUUGAAAACCAGGAUGUUCAUUCGGCCUCAGCCUAAAAUGUACCAAGCAACCUCUUGACGUCAGUGCAGAAGACCGAGCAUCACACAUUAAAGGAUAGAUUUUGUGAACCGUGGAGCUGGAACUCGGAGACUGACGCGCAGUCAUUUGCUUGAGAACAGAAAGAAUUUAGAAGCUUCUCCCCCUCCCUCCCUCCCCAGGGGGAGGGGUGACAUUUCUGAGUGAAACCUGGAGGGUGUUUUACAGGCGAGGAGUCGGCUGCGUUCAAGCAUUCCUGGGUUUUGGCUGAAUGCCAGUUACCACUUGGCAUUCGCUGCCUGCUCCAGCCGUUAGCGGUUAACGUGCAAUAUGGGCCUAUGUUGGAGGGCUGUCACCGCUGAUGACACGUGGGAGUUUUGGUAAAGAGUGGCGAAGGGGACACACUUUAUUCAUAGCAAUGUUUGUGCCACCUUCUUUUGCACAGGGCGGGGAGGACUGUGAAGGGCCAUGUGAUCUGAGUCAGAGGCCUCUUUGAAGGAAAUCCAAACCCCAACUGCACUGGUUCUGGGCUUCAACCUUGGGAAUGUUCCCUUGCAGUAUUUGCCUAUUGGUCUGAUCUUGGGGUGAUAAGUUCUUCUUUAAUUCCUUUGGUUAAAGAUAACCUAAGUAAUUGGCAUAUCCUUCCCCUCCCCCUUCCUGUGGCUAAAGGCUGAAAUAUUUAUGCCUUAAUGCGUCUGUGGCAGACAUUUUAUUUAGAAUGUGCUUUAUCGAGCUCUCUGUAACUUUGCAAUGCCUUAACUUCAAAUUAUAGUUAAUAUUACUAAGGCAGUACUUUGAAUCAGUUCAACACUCUGCCAGCAUCCUUUUAUCUAGCAAGGUGGUGCUGAAAAUGCGGACUUGAACAAAGCUUAUGCCAAAUGAUAAUGAUGUCCAUUUUUAUUGGGAGCUCUCAAAAGCAAUUGGUUGGUUUUAAGAAAAUAGUUUUAAGAAAUUUAAAUUAUAUUCUUUGUAGAUAUUAUUGAUUACUUUAUUCUGAUUGGCUUGCUGUUAUAAACCUUUUAGCCAUAUUCUAUUACAACUGUCAUUAAUAAAUUUAAAAAAAUGUGUUAGACUAUCCAAAGAGCCUUAUUCUGUAUAUCUCAUAAGAUUAACCCUCUUUUGGAAUUUAAGAGUAAUACUUUUUUUUUUCUUAGUCCUUUUCCUCAGGUUAAGGGCAAAUGGAUAUGUAAUAAUUCGAGUGACGUUCUUUAAGCUCAUAGAAGGUGAUUCUUUUACUUGUUUAUUAAAUUGGCUUGCAGAGAGAACAAUUUAAAAAGUGAAAAUUAUUUUGGUAAAAGAUUUUGCUUUACUUUUUGAAGUAUUAUUUUUUAAAGAGUGUUUCACUCCAGUGAUUGAAGCGCUUUCGUAUUUAAAUUGCAUUGUUCGGGUCCCAGGAGGAACCAAAUGGAACUGCCUAAUGAAAUUUUACUCUUUCUAUGAAAGAAAAUCUAGAGGUGUUGCCUUCAUUGUGAGCAAUGAAUGCUUUUACUCAAGGUGCAUGUCGACAUACAGAGAAAGGCAGACAUACCUGUGUGCAGGUGACCCCCGAUUUGCAUAGAAACACAGACAUGCGUGUGCAGGUUGCCUUUUGGAGGCAUUAAAAAUAUUUGUGCAGAUAGUUCUGCUCUCACUACGCUGGGCUUGUUCAUUAGUGACCUUGAGAGCUACAUUAAUUCUUCCUGUCACAAGGGUACUUUUGAGUGAAAUCUAACUGACAUGAACUAAAUAUAUGUUCAUGGUCCUGCAAAGGCUCACAUGGUUUCUCCCUUGUGCCUGGGAAGAGCUUUGGCCAAGAGAUUGGGCAGAGUAUCCCUCACAUAAUUUGCCCUUCCUCAGGACAGCCGGCUGUAGUCCACACUCCCAAGUGGAUGUUUGAGAGUGUGCACCUUUGGACGAUGACUUUUGAUGUACCUUAAAAUUCCACCCCACUGCACUCUGAAACAAAGCAUGCCUCCCAGAAAGUCACACUCAGAUCUACAUGGAGAUCUGAGUGUGAGACCUGGAGAAGCUGGAACAUUAACACCUGCCUUGCAGCUUCUGAACAUGAGGUACGUACAUGGGCUGCAUUCACGCACGUGUGAGCGUGCUUAUCUGUGCGUACAAGACUAUCACCCAGUAACCCCACGGUUACGCUCUAGAAUGCCGUAUUCGGACCACACAUUUCAAAGUUGCCCUGUGGAAAUGAAUCACUCCGUAGGGACAAGUCGUCAGAUAUUCAUCAUAUGUGAUGAAGAGCAAAUAGACACCAUACCCAGUACAUUGGAAAACAAUGAUUACAUGUUCAAAGAAAAUUCCUUUUUCAAUUUUAUGUUUGGAUCACCACUUUAAAUAUAAUUAUUUGCCACAUAUGUUCUGUAUUUGUAUAUACUGGUGCAAUGAUACAAAUCAUUUUACUACUUCAUUGUGUUGCGCUGGAUGCAAAGUUAGGAAAUAUUGUAAUAAAUGAGACUGAUGAAAGAAUUCUCUGAAAAUCAGGUGUGUGAAUUUUCAAUAGUUCUUGGGAAGUUAUUAAGCUGCUGAUUUUCUAAUGUGUAGUAUCAAGCAUAUUAUUUUAUUCUCUCUUCCAAAAAACCUUUAAGGCUAUGAACUAUUCAGUCUUUAGAAGAAAAGAGCUAGUCUUUUCUCAUUCUUUUAGAUUUAUGAUGGUACUCUCCCUGUGCCUAUGGGAGGGAAAGAGGGAUGAAGGAAGAGAGGAGAGGCCUGCUCCCUGGGCACACCCUGCUCUGAUGGGAAUGAUUCAGGAGCCUGGAGGCAUCAGUUCAAGGUUGUACAUCAAGUGCCUCUCAAGCCUGGCCUAUAAUCUAUGUUUACCACAUAGCUGUUAGGGAAGGGGGUUCCCUUGCCUCACAUCCACUGCCUUCAAUUUUUGGGCUCUUGACUUCUCUGUUGUAUACCCCCAAUUAGUUUUUCAUUCUGAAUUCAUGAAUCAAAAUCUUUGACUAGUUCACUCCUAUACUCUGAAAACUAUAGUUCCUAUUGAUUUCGUGCAUUGUCCACAUGGCCUGAGACUUCUGUUGAUAUACCUGUAUCAGCCUGAGUGUUUGUGGAAUAAAUGGAAGACUAUCAUCAGUCCUUAAAUGCUUAAAACGUGGUUAUACAAGGUACCAGGCUGAACUCCUCAUGAAACCCAAAUCCGAAACAGUUCAUCUCUGGGCGUAUGUAGAAUUAAUGCUUGUGUAUCUUAAAAACAAAACAAACUCUCAGUGAGCUGAACAUCACAGAUUUAUUCCAACUCUGAUUUCAGUUUCUAGGCUCUUAUCUGUACAAUAAAAAUGAAUGUAAACGAUUGUCUGCGGGCCCGUUUAUUCACACAGGCUCUCAUUGCUGUUCAUCGCUCCCCUCAUAUUGGUACCACUAGGCUACGCUGUUUCCAUGCAGCUCUGCAGGCAGCUCCCACGUGUGCAGGGGAAGCUAAUCUGGUAGCUUGAAUGUCACCAGUGUCUCAGCUGUAAUCACCUGAAUAUUUAUUUUAUAGCCACCACCUGACUCAACAACCCUUUCAUUCAGUGGCUGAGGAGGAGCAUUGAGGAUGGGGUCACUCGCCGUCACCCUUUGGGCUCAAAGUGCCCUUUCCUAUAAGAGGUCAUAACUGCUGCCCCGUUACCAUCCUGGCAUAAGAGAACAGUUAUGGAGGAAAGUUAAUAUGUAGACCUCAUUUUAAAAUACUAAAAAA